GGAGUUUAAGAUGGCGGCCACCUUGACGAGAGGACUGUCAGGUUUGCUGAGACCACUGUCAGUUUUCGGCAGGGAAUGUCUCUCUUCUGCUGUCAGACUCGCACAGAGCCCUCGCUUCUCGACUGUUUUGCCGAAUCAUGCUUUCAGAACACUGACCCCGGCUCACACCACUGCUCCUGUGCAGCUGACUGGACUGCUCAGUCGUGUAACUCCUCUCAUGCCUUCACUGCUGCUCCAGCCGGUCAGGAACUUAACAUACUUUAGUCUGAGGAAAGGCAAGAGGAAAUCUGUUAAGUCGGUCACUGAAAGAUUUUUCAGGCUACACUCGGGCCUGUGGAUCAGGAGAAAGGCUGGAUAUAAGAAGAAGCUGUGGAAGAAGUCAGCGGCCCGGAGGAAGCGUCUGAGGGAACAUGUUUUCUGUAACAAAACUCAGUGUAAAUUGCUGGACAAAAUGACGUCACCCUACUGGAAAAGAAGGAACUGGUACCUCAACGACCCAUACCAGAAAUACCACGACAGAACCAACCUGAAGCUAUAAAAUCAUGUAUUCUGUCUUAUAUAUUUAUCCCUAUUUCUGUUAAUAUAGACAUAAGGAAUUGGCUGUUUAAGAACAAUCUUGUGUAAAUGAAACUGAUAAAUAAAAUUCCUUUCAACAUU